GGUUAUCCUUUAGCUCCAAGAGGACACCUAAAAACUAACAGAUUUCUCGAAGCAGAAGCUUUCCUGGGCAAGGGACCCCUUCCUCAGACGCACAAAGUCUCCUGGAUUCUGACAACGACCCUGCAAAGUGGGCAGCCGGUUUUAGUGCGACAACGGAUGGGUUCUGUGGCAUCCACCCCUUGCCAGGCAAGCAUUCCACCGCCUCUCCUGUUCUUCCCGGCAGCCAGUCGGCAAAGCUGGCCGUACAGAUAGUCAGAUCAGCCAAUCUAACAAAUUCUGUCCUUUGCCCAGCUUCCACUGGGAGAGGAGCAGGCAGGCACUUUGGGUUCCCAGAAUGCCACGCUGAAGAGUUCCACGAGGCAAGCCAAGUGAAAUUGCUCCAGGGAGAGAGAACUGGCAGACCCUUUCCUGCCCUUUGCGGUCAACGUAAACAGAAGAAGAGACAGAAGAGAAGCGGGCAAAGGAAUGAGAUGCCAAAGGAGAGAGCAACAUUUAUCCGGCUGGAGGGAGACCAAGAGGAAGCUCUCAUCUCAGCAUGGAGCCGAACGGCGAGGAGGAGGCAGCUCCCCCCAGGCCCCGCACCCCUCCCCGUUUUGGGCAACUUGCUGGAACUGAAGGCCCACGACAUCCUGAAGUCCUUCAAGAAGCUGAGAGAUCAAUAUGGGCCCGUCUUCACGGUCCACUUGGGCCCUCGGCAGGUGGUCGUCCUCUAUGGCUACGAGGCAGUCAAGGAAGCCCUGGUGGAUCACGCUGAAGAGUUCAGUGGCAGGGGUCACUUGGCCACCGUGGAUGACUUCGUCCAGGGUUUCGGGAUCGCUUUUGCCAACGGGGAGCGGUGGAGACAGCUCCGACGGUUCACCCUCGGCACCUUGCGCAAUUUUGGGAUGGGGAAGCGGUCUAUCGAGGAGCGGAUCCAGGAAGAGGCCCACUUCCUUGUGGAGGAGUUCCGGAAAACCAACGGCUCGGCCUUCGACCCCACGUUCUUCCUCAGCCGCUCCGUCUCCAACGUCAUCUGCUCCAUCGUGUUCGGCCGACGCUUUGACUACCAGGACAAAGACUUCCUGACCUUGCUGGCCAAGAUAAACGAGAACUUUGUGGGCAUGAGCGCCGCCUCAGGUCAGCUGUACGAGAUGUUUUCAUGGAUCAUGAAGUUCCUGCCAGGUUCCCACCAGCAGUUAUUCAGGAACCUCAAAGACAUUUGUGAUUUUGUGGCUGAGAGGGUCAAGGUGAAUGCGGCCUCUCUUGACCACAACGAUCCCCGGGACUUUAUCGACUGUUUCCUCAUCCAAAUGGAAAAGGAAAGCCAAAACCCGUCAAGCGAGUUUCACCUCAAGACCAUGGUCAUGACCGUCCUCAACCUGUUCAUUGCUGGGACGGAGACCGUGAGCUCCACGCUCCGGUGGGGAUUCCUGAUCCUGAUGAAGUAUCCAGAGGUACAAGCCAAAGUGUUCCAAGAAAUUGAUGACGUGAUCGGGAAAAACCGCGUGCCAGCUGUCGAGAAUCGGGCCCUGAUGCCGUACACAGAGGCCGUGAUCCACGAGAUCCAGCGGUUUAGCGAUGUCAUUCCUAUGAACCUCCCUCACGCCCUCACCAAGACGAUGCAAUUCAGGGGGUACACCUUGCCCAAGGGAACAAACAUCUUUCCCUUGCUUACCUCCGUGCUGCGAGACCCCGGCAGCUUCAGCGACCCAGAGAAGUUCAACCCGGGCCAUUUCUUGGACAAAGACGGGCACUUCAAGAAGAACGAGGCCUUCAUGCCCUUCUCCACAGGCAAACGCAUCUGUGCCGGGGCCGGCCUGGCCCGCAUGGAGCUGUUCAUCUUCCUCACCUCCCUGCUGCAGAAUUUCACCCUCCGGUCUCCUGUCGACCCCAAGGACCUCGACCUCACCCCGCCCGUGAGAGGGUUUGCAAACAUCCCGCCCACCUACCAGCUCUGUGCCCUUCCACACUGAGGGCAGAGCGGGCAAGAAGGGGGCGGGAGGAGGACGAGAAAGGUCAAACACGAUUGGUGAUUCUGGGAGGCAGGAAACCUGGGUGGGGGAGCGGAUGGGCAGCUGUCAAGAGCUGCAGCGGCUGAAUCAACCAGCACUGAAUAGAACGUUGUUAGUGGGGGUAUAUAUUUAGGGUGUUGCCACAAUUUUGUGGCAAAACAGAUCUCUAGGAUGGAAGACCUAAUCUACGUCAUCCUAAGGUGCAAUCUGUGAAGCCACCUUGAAC